CAGAGCGAGACUCCAUCUUAAAAAAAGAAAUAGCUGCUGUGUAUUGAGGGUCUUCCAUGUAGCAGGCACUUGGCUUUAAAUUCCUUUUGCAUUUCAGCCCACAGCCAUCUAAGAGGUUGACAUUAACAUCCCCACUUUGUGGGCGAGGAGUCUGAGGCUCAGGGAGAGGGAGUGGCUGGCUCAAGGCCACCAGCUGGGACCAUGAGGAUGGGUCUUGGAAGGUGCCAGGGAGGUGGGUGGAGUUGGUUGCAGGUUACAGGAUUUCUCACCAGCUUAUGCAAGGAGGCUGGUGUGGGCUCCAAGCUGUUCUUCCCUGGGAGAGGUGGGGCUGCUGUUCUCUGCUGGGGCGGAUUGAGGGUGGGGAGGGCAAGGGGGGGAAGGCUGUUUCCCGAUGGAGGAGUGGAAUCUGGGAGAGAAACCAUUAAAAGAGUAACCCUGCACACUCCUGCCUCAGCUUCCCCUCCAGGGUGGCUGUUUUCCUGGACAAGUUGCAGUUGGCACAGGUCUACAGGGGGCCAGGGGCAGUUUGUCUUUGGCAUUCUCAAACAUUGUAUGUGUUCCUGCUCCUUGCAGGCCCCCAUCUUCUGACAUUUCCUCGUGUGACCCAUCUUUUCAAAUUCCCUUACCUGAGGAAGGAGCCCAAUUACAAGGAUAUUCCCCUGCUCCUACCCUGAUCUAGGCUCUCUGUUUCCUCGAGUCACUCCCAGAUUAGUGGUGUCUAGCUCAGCACUGUUUCCGUUGUGCUUCAUUCAUAAUUCCCAGCGCUGUUGGAUGAGGAUGGCAAGACCGCCUGUGGCCAUGAGCCCUCCCCGGUGCUCCUGGGGCUAAGGCUGGGGCUGCAGCCAUGGGGCUGGGUCGGCCCCAGGCCUGGUUGCUGGGUCUGCCCACGGCUGUGGUCUAUGGCUCCCUGGCUCUGUUCACCACCAUCCUGCACAAUGUCUUCCUGCUCUACUAUGUGGACACCUUUGUCUCAGUGUACAAGAUCAACAAAAUGGCCUUCUGGGUUGGAGAGACGGUGUUUCUCCUCUGGAACAGCCUCAAUGACCCCCUCUUCGGUUGGCUCAGUGACCGGCAGUUCCUCAGCUCCCAGCCCCGGUCAGGCACUGGGCUCUCCUCAAAGGCCGUGGUGCUGACCCGGGUGCAGGCCCUGGGCUGGCAUGGGCCGCUGCUGGCGCUGUCGUUCCUGGCGUUCUGGGUGCCCUGGGCCCCAGCUGGCCUGCAGUUCUUGCUGUGCCUGUGCCUCUAUGAUGGCUUCCUGACACUCGUGGACCUGCACCACCACGCCUUGCUGGCCGACCUGGCCCUCUCAGCCCACGACCGCACCCACCUCAACUUCUACUGCUCCCUCUUCAGCGCGGCCGGCUCCCUCUCUGUCUUUGCAUCCUAUGCCUUUUGGAACAAGGAGGAUUUCUCCUCCUUCCGCGCUUUCUGCGUGACACUGGCUGUUAGCUCUGGGCUGGGCUUUCUGGGGGCCACACAGCUGCUGAGGCGGCGGGUUGAGUUGGCCCGAAAGGACCCAGGGUGCUCAGGCCUGGCUGUGGAUAGCGGCCUGUGUGGAGAGGAGCUGCUUGUGGGCAGUGAGGAGGCAGACAGCAUCACCUUGGGCCAGUAUCUCCGGCAGCUGGCACGCCAUCGGAACUUCCUGUGGUUCGUGAGCAUGGACCUGGUGCAGGUCUUCCACUGCCACUUCAACAGCAACUUCUUCCCUCUCUUCCUGGAGCAUCUGUUGUCCGACCAUAUCUCCCUUUCCACAGGCUCCAUCCUGUUGGGCCUCUCCUAUGUCGCUCCCCAUCUCAACAACCUCUACUUCCUGUCCCUGUGCCGGCGCUGGGGCGUCUACGCGGUGGUGCGGGGGCUCUUCCUGCUCAAGCUAGGCCUUAGCCUGCUCAUGUUGUUGGCUGGCCCGGACCACCUCAGCCUGCUGUGCCUCUUCAUUGCCAGCAACCGCGUCUUCACUGAGGGCACCUGUAAGCUGCUGACCUUGGUGGUCACUGACCUGGUAGACGAGGACCUGGUGCUGAACCACCGCAAGCAGGCAGCCUCGGCACUCCUCUUUGGCAUGGUUGCCCUGGUUACCAAGCCAGGCCAGACCUUUGCCCCGCUGCUGGGCACCUGGCUGCUCUGUUUCUACACAGGUCAUGACCUCUUCCAGCAGUCCCUCAUAACCCCUGUGGGGAGUGCCUAUCCCUGGCCAGAGCCCCCAGCCCCGGCCCCUGCACAGGCCCCGAUGCUCCGCCAGGGCUGCUUCUACCUGCUGGUGCUGGUGCCCAUCACCUGUGCUCUGCUGCAGCUCUUCACCUGGUCCCAGUUCACGCUGCAUGGGAGACGCCUGCACAUGGUCAAGGCCCAGCGCCAGAACCUGUCACAGGCCCAAACCCUGGAUGUUAAGAUGGUGUGAGAACUGUGGCAAGGUCACCCCUCUGAGGACGCUGCUGGCAGCCUGGGGGAGGAGCCAGUUUUGUUUUUUUUUUUAAGGAUUUCAUAGUUGGUUUUUUUUUUGAGAUGUU